AUGGCGAACGGUCGAAUGUCCAUGUAUUCGGUGGCCUCGGAGGGCCUCGGAGGGCCUCGUGCCGGACAGCAACCCUCUCAGUUUUCUACCACGACCCUCCUUAACGCCAUUCACAACAUCUACUUGUCGUCCCAACCCUUCAAAUUGGACGCUGGUACGAGUCUCGUCGUCAACACAUGGCUCACUGCAUCCCAGACGGGUCCCGAUGGGAGGACAGGAGGCACCAUAGAUGCUGCCCUCGGCGCGAGAGCUUGGGAACAUGCUCGGAGACGUGCUGAAGACGGAUGCAUUGUUCUUGGUUCCCUUCACACAUCGUGCCCUUCUCUCUUGACGCCAUUUCUAUCGUCUCUCCCACUGUCGCUCCCGUCAUCCCUCUACAAGUCGUUAGAAGCCAUCCAGCCCUUCUUGAGGUGCUCUACACCCUACAACCCCUCCACGCCCCGUCAGACAGCUCUUGGCGUCACCCUCACCCUAAACCUGACCGGCAGCCUUCAUGGAGCCGCCAUUGCCUUAUCCCAGGGUGGCAUCGACACCACCAAGGGUCUUUUGAACAUUCCUGCAGAGGCUGGUUACCGCGCCUUUGACGUUUUCUACUAUCUCUUGACCUCCGCAUCAACACCCGCAGAGAGAGAGUUCCUGGGCCUCAAGUCAGCCUCCAGCUACGCUCUGCUUGCAAAAUCCGGCACGUACGAACCGCCAUCCUACCUUCCAACGGCUGAUGAUGCGGCCGCCGCCGACGACUUCCGAUCUGCCCUUAAAGACAUCGGCAUCAAGGGUUCUGCUCAUCGUAACCUCAUUUCCACCCUCGCCGGUCUGUUGAAGCUUGGCGACACCCUCGACUACAACCUCGAUGAGGACGUCUUUGACGAGAUUUGCGAGGAUGUGAGCGGCCUGCUUGGCAUGGACCCAGAGACUCUUGCCACGCAGUGCACAACCGAGGACCGGGCAACUUUGGUCGGCGGCCUGUACGAGGCUCUGGUUGACUGGGUCAUUUCGAAGGCCAACGAGGCUAUCUCUGCUCAGAUGGUCCGCAUCAGAGACGGUACUGAGUCGAUUGGUGGUGGAGGUGCUCGCACACCCACUUCCAACGGCGAAGGCGAUACUGUCUGCAUCACCAUCCUAGACAUCCCUGACCCGACUUUGGGCAAGGCGCUGGCUAUGCGUGGCAUAUUUGACGAUACUCUGGGAAUCAAUUCGGAGAUGAUUGCUGACGGUGUUGAAGUUUCCGCCGCUGGCAGCACCGUCGUGCGGGAGAUGCAGGCUGCCAUUGGCGAGGUUGGGCACGAGCUUGGCAUCAUGACUAGUGCUACGGGUAGGGACCGCCAGCACGCCCUAGAGAAGCGGGAAGAGGUUCUUGAGAAGAUUGGUCACUCUGCCGAUGAAGACGCUUUCCUCAAGAGGCUGCUCUUCCCAACUACCGGCCAGGGCAUUAACUUGGGACGUGAUGGCCGCCUUGACCUCUCGAAUCUGCUAAGCUCUAGCCGCGUGUGGUACCACCUCUCCAUCCACCCUACCGACGACUCGCCGGCAAGUCUGGCGGCUCUUCCCUCGAUCAAUUCUGCAUGGUCUGCGGGUACAGUUUCUCGCCAGCUUCGUUCGUGGCGAUUGCCCGAGUGGGCUAACAGACGUAACAAAAACCUCGAUUUCACUGCUGACUUCGACAUUGAUGAGUUCGUGCAACGCUACGCUCUUCUGGGCUGUAAGGAUGGCCGCGAAGGCAUCGAGACGUGGAUUCUCGAACGCGGUUGGACUAACGGCGAAGUCGUGGUCGGCAAAGAGCGCGUCUGGGUUCGUGAGAGCGCCUGGUGGGAAGCUGAGAGUAUGCUCGAUAUGAAGCCCUUGGACAGCAACCUCCCCGGCAUGGGCAACGUCCUGGCCGUCAACAAUCUCGAGUCCGGCUACUCAGCGAAUGGCAGCGGCUACUUCCCGACGCCCAUGCUGGACACAACCCCCAACGGUAGCCGGGACCAUCUCAUCGCCCACCAGCGCAACUUCAGCCAGGGCAACCUCUCCCAACACACUCUCGCCCAUAAUGCUGCCAUGCGUGCCCCAUCCGUCGCUCCUUCUGGCAUGCGCAAUGUCCAGGCCGGAGACUAUGGUCUCGGUACCAAGGGUGACACUUUCAAGGGCCAGGUCUUCUACAAUAACGAGGGCGAGUUCGUUGGUCAGAUAGACCCAGAAAUCGCUGAUGGCAAGCACGUAGAAGAGAAGACGAUGGACAAGGAUCGCCGUAUCUGGGUUGCCAUAGUCUGGUUCUGGACGUUUUGGAUCCCAUCUCCUUUACUCAGCUUUGUCGGCCGCAUGAAGCGUCCCGAUGUUCGCAUGGCGUGGCGUGAGAAGCUCACCCUCGUCUGGUUCAUCGUUCUCAUCAACGCUGCUAUCGUAUUCUGGAUUGUCGCUUUUGGCAAGAUCUUGUGUCCCAAUUUCGACAAAGCCUGGAGCGCAAAGGAAGUUGCCUAUCACACUGGCCAAAACGAUUUCUACGUCAGCUUCCGCGGCGGUGUGUACGACAUCUCCAAGUUCUGGAAGAUUCAACACUCCGACACCGCCAUCGAAACUACCAAGGAGAACAUGAUGCCAUUCGCUGGAAUGAACAUGGACGACUACUUUCCUCCUCCCCUGCCUUUGGUGUGCCCGGGUCUUGGUAUCGCGCCAACCACUACGCUCCAGUACAACAACACCCCCGAGUACAUCAUAGGCAUUCACAAGUCCGGCCAACUGGCCGAUGACCGUACCAGUGCCUUGGGCUCAACUGAUUGGUACAGCACGACGCUGCUGCCCAAAAUGAGGGAGUUCUACAAGGGAGACCUUGUCUGGGACAAGGCGGACAUCUACUCUGACGGCCAAAACAACGGCCACAUGUGGGUCAUUUACAAUGGCGGCGUGUAUGACCUGACCAACUACUUCAAGACUCUGGAGGUAUUCCAGCGUCUCGACUCGGCCAAGUUCCUCAACGCACAGAUUGUCAGCACCGUUGAGAGCAACGCUGGCGAGGAUGUCACCGACAACUGGAAUGGAAUCAUUAAGAGCGCAGCUAACAACGCAACCGAGAACGCAUCUGUCCAGAACAGCCUGAACUGCAUCAAAAAUCUCUUCUACGUUGGCAUUCCGGACUUCCGCUACUCUGCCAGGUGUCAGACGAACAACUACAUCAUGUUGGCGAUGACCAUCAUUCUCUGCUCCGUCAUUCUCGUCAAGUUCCUGGCUGCUUUGCAGUUCGGCUCGAAGCGUCGCCCUGCACCUCAAGACAAGUUCGUUAUCUGCCAGGUGCCGGCCUACACUGAAGGUGAAGACUCGUUGCGGAAAGCACUUGAUUCCCUCACCGCCCUUCAAUACGAUAACAAACGGAAACUCAUCUGCGUUAUUUGCGACGGUAUUAUCGUCGGUGCUGGAAACGACCGUCCCACGCCAAAGAUUGUCCUGGACAUCCUCGGUGUCGACCCCAAAGUUGAUCCUCCUGCGCUGCCCUUCAAGUCUGUUGGCACAGGCAGCGAGCAGCUGAACUACGGCAAGGUCUACUCCGGGUUGUACGAGUUUGAGGGCAACGUUGUUCCCUACCUCGUUGUGGUCAAGUGCGGAAAGGAGUCGGAACAAACCAAGUCCAAGCCGGGUAACAGAGGCAAGCGUGACUCCCAAAUUCUCCUGAUGAGUUUCCUCAACCGAGUCCAUCACAGAGCUCCCAUGAGCCCACUUGAGCUGGAAAUGUUCCACCAGAUCAACAACAUUAUCGGCGUGGAUCCCGAGCUGUACGAAUAUUUGAUGAUGGUCGACGCCGAUACGUGUGUCCGGGAAGACUCGCUCAACCGACUGGUUUCAGCAUGUGCCAAUGAUGCUAAGAUUGCCGGUAUUUGUGGCGAGACUGGUCUGCAGAACGACGACAAAUCCUGGUGGACCAUGAUCCAGGUUUACGAGUAUUUCAUUUCACACAACUUGGCCAAGGCCUUCGAGUCUCUCUUUGGCAGUGUCACCUGUUUGCCUGGAUGUUUCACCAUGUAUCGCUUGCGUACCGUCGACAAAGGCAAGCCGCUGAUUAUCGCCGACGGUGUUAUCCGUGACUACGCUGUGUGCGACGUCGACACUCUCCAUAAGAAGAACCUGCUGUCACUCGGUGAGGAUCGGUACCUGACCACCCUGAUGACCAAAUACUUCCCGUCUAUGAAGUACAAAUUCAUUCCCGAUGCCUACUGUCAAACCGCGGCACCCGAGUCCUGGAGCGUCCUGCUUUCCCAGCGUCGUCGCUGGAUCAACUCGACUAUCCACAACCUUUUUGAGCUGAUGAAACUCAAGGAGAUGUGCGGUUUCUGCUGCUUCAGCAUGCGUUUCGUCGUCUUCAUCGAUCUUUUUGGAACAAUUAUCCUCCCCGCCACCACUAUCUACCUUGGAUACAUGAUCUACCUAGCCGCUAGCCGUAAUGGCCAAUUCCCCAUAAUUUCCAUCAUAAUGCUUGCGGCUGUGUACGGUCUUCAGGCCCUCAUCUUUAUCCUCAAGAGACAGUGGCAGCACAUUGGGUGGAUGAUCAUCUACAUCAUUGCGUUUCCCAUUUAUUCUUUCGCACUCCCCAUAUACUCUUUCUGGAACCAAGACAACUUCUCAUGGGGCAACACCCGUAUCGUCAUCGGAGAGAAGGGCAAUAAGCAGAUCGUCGCCGUCGAUGACGAGGGUUUCGAUCCCAGGAGCAUUCCUCUGCAGCGCUGGGACGACUAUGCCAUGGCAAACAACCUCCCUGGCCGACGCGGCGGUUACAUGGAAAAAGCGGACAUGGGCUACGACGACCAGUACGAGAUGGACGAGAUCCGCUCCGUUUAUUCGUCUGUUCGCCAAGGUUCCGUUCUCACUGGCAUGAACCGCAAUAACACAUACAUGCCGCCCCAGUCACCCGCGCCUUUUGGCCACAUGGCACGAGCAUCCGGUGCCGCUAGCCCGUACCACCACGACCAGACCAUGGCCAACAGGCAGUCGAUGGCAUCUCUGGGCACCCACGAUAUAAAUCGCGGCCAGACUCCCUUCCAGGACUUUCCCAGCAGUCGGCCGAGUGUUUCCAACCUACGCGGCCAGGCUAACCCCUCUCCCGGACUUGGUGCCAACCGCUCGCAGUCAGCUCUCGGUCUGAACCGGCCCCACGCUGCUGCCCAGUCAACCUCGUCGUUCGACUUCCAGCGUGGCAAUAUGCAGGGCCCUGACGACGGCAUGAUUAUCGAAGCUAUCCAGGGUGUCCUGCGCGAAGUGGACCUAGAUACGGUUACAAAGAAGCAGGUGCGCGCUCUAGUCGAGCAAAGACUGCAGACCGGGCUUGUUGGCGAGAGGAGGACAUUCAUGGACCGCCAGAUUGACAACGAAUUGGCCAACAUGUAA